CCUUCUGAAACGACAUUCUUUCAGAGUUGUGGCAUCGCUGACCUAAUCACCACUUGCUACGGCGGCCGCAAUAAGCGGAUUGGACAGGCCCUUGCAACGACGACAAAAUCGGUCCCUGAACUGGAACAGGAAUUGUUGAGCGGUCAGAGCGCUCAGGGUCCCCUCACUGCAUCUGAAGUUUUUCAUGUACUCGAGUCGCAUCAUCUUGAGGAACAAUACCCACUUUUUUCAACUAUACACAAAAUAUGCACUCGCCAACUCGAACCCAGGCAACUUAUCUCCAAACUGCGCCACCAUCCCGAGCAUAUGUAG